AUGUCUACUGGAGCAUCAUUGGUAGAAAAAGCUAAGAAGAGUGCCGCAUACCAGGCGGUGGAUGAGAAUUUCCCGGAGAAUGCAAAGGUGGUUGGAGUGGGUUCAGGGUCGACGGUGAUUUAUGUUGCAGAAAGAAUAGGUCAAUUGAAGAACAAGGAAUCGUUUGUGUGUAUUCCUACGGGAUUUCAGUCGAAGCAGUUGAUUAUUGAUAACGGAUUAAGGUUGGGAACGAUCGAGCAGUAUCCUGAAGUGGACAUUGCGUUCGACGGGGCCGACGAGGUGGACACGGAGUUGAACUUGAUCAAGGGUGGAGGGGCAUGUCUUUUCCAAGAGAAAUUAGUGGCAGCUGCUGCUAGCAAGUUUGUGGUUGUGGCCGAUUUCCGUAAGAGAUCACCCUCCAAGUUGGGUAUACAAUGGAGAAAGGGAAUACCUAUUGAAAUUGUGCCAUGUGCUUAUGCCAAGGUAAUCAAGGAGUUGAAAUCUAUGGGUGCAACGACCGUUGAUUUGAGACAGGGUGGUUCAGCCAAGGCAGGACCAGUGGUGACCGACAACAACAACUUUUUGAUCGAUGCCGAUUUCGGUGAGGUUGCAGACCCUGCUAAAUUGCACACCGACAUCAAACAAUUAGUCGGAGUGGUAGAAACCGGAUUGUUUGUACAAAUGGCAGACAAAACGUACUUUGGCGAGGAAUCUGGAGACGUGAAAUGCUGGUCAAAAUAA